AUGUUACAAUCAGAAAAUGUUUCAUCAUCUUCGUCUGGUUCAUUGUGGCCAAUUGAUAGAAAAAUAAAUCGUUCAAUAACUCCACGUGAAAAUAAUUCCAUAUCAUCAUCAUCAUCUCCUCAAUUAAUUUCUCCACUAUGGGAUUCAAAACCAAUUGGUAAAUCAAUUUUUCUACGUUUAUGUCAACGUGAACAAUUAUCACCACAAUUAAUACUUGAAGAUAAAGUAUUUCGUUCAGCCAUACGUUUACAACAUGGUUCAACAUAUCGUUCUCAAUUACAAUUUGUUGGAACAUUAAUUACUGAUGAUGAAACACAACGUUUAACAUAUGUUAUUGAUCGAAUACAAUUAAAUGAUUCACCAAGAAAUGAUAUGAAUAAUCAUCAUUCAUUAUUAACAAAUAAACAAUUACAUGGAGAAUUUCUUAUACCAAUUCGAUGUGAUAAUAAAAAUUCAACCACGAUACAUACAGACAGUAGUUUAAUACAAGAAGGAAUGAAGACAAUCGAUACUUAUUGUCAUUCAUCUUUACCAAUUGAAUUACAUCAAUUUUCAUUUCUUCAUGGACAAAUGUUAUCACGUUUAUCUCCUUCGAUAAAUGCUGAUUUAUCAUUUGAUCUUUUAACUAUAAAAAAUAGUUUUAAAUUAACACCAAUUAAUUCUGAUUAUGUUCAAAUAUUACCAACAGCUUUAUUAAAAAAUAUAAGUUCAUCAACAGGAAAUGUUGUUUAUAUGAAUCAACCACAUUUUGGUUAUUGUGGUUUAGAUCGAAUGUCAACAAAUAAAAUUUUAUUAAUACUUGAAAAUGAUCCACAAGCAUGUGCAUUACCAUUAGUAGGAAUUUGGGUAUCAGGUAUUGUUGAUGUUCAAUGUGCAUAUGUUUGGGCAGCAUGUCUUCGUUAUUGUAUGAAUUCAUCACUUAAACAACGUCUUCGUACAGGUAUAAAUACGAAUAAUACAACACAACAAUCAUUUUUACUAGCAUGUUAUUCAUCAACAUCACGUGGUCAAUGUGAUUUUUAUGAAGUUAGUUCAAUGAAUAUAAAUUCAACAACAUCAUCAUUUAUGAUUGAUUAUGAUUUAUGGACAUGUUCAAAAAAAAUUAUUAUGCCAAAUCCUCCAACAUCACAUUCACAUGAUACUAGUAUUAGUACACAAUUACCAUAUGAUUUUGAAUUUAAACAUGUUUAUGAUGGACCAAAAAUGCAUGCUUUAAUAGGAGCACAUACAGGAAAUAUAUCACCAGCAAUUCAACAUCAAACUAUUCGAUCAACAAUAAAUAGUCAACGUCCAACAGAUAUAUCUUUUCUAUCAGCAGAAAUACCUUCAGAUGAUGAUGAUGAUGAUGAUGACGAUAACAGUCAUCAUCAAAUUCAAAAAAUUCAUCAAGAACAUCUUCAUCAAACUACACUUUCAUCACCAAACACAAAUGGAAGUAUAUUUGGUGUUCCUCGUUUACCACCAAAACAAUCGACACAUCAAUCACCUGCAUGGGAUUCAAUUUCAACGACAUCAAUGACAACACCAAAAUGGAGUGCACCUGUACCUACGAUUAUGCCAACAUUAAAUGCUCCAUCACCACCACCUCUGCCGCCACCUCCAAUAAGAUUUUCAUCGCCAGCUCCUUCAACGAUUGCACCAUCAAGUGUUACUACUGAUACUCAAUGGAAAGAAGAAUUACUUGAAAAAAUGCAAGCAUAUGAUGCUCAUAUUCAAUCAUUAAAUACUCUUAUUGCUCAACUUUUAGCGGCUCAACAACAACAGCAACAGCGUUCAAUUUCCACACCAGCAAGAGAAUCUACAAGAUGCGAUGUUGCUGUUCAAAGUGAACCACCAUCACCUUCUACAAGUGAUGAUGUUGGCGAAUCAGCAUCAAUGGUUAAAAGUAAUCGAAAUAGUCCACCAUCACCAACACCAAAAAUUGAACAACUUCAACAAUAUCAACAACAAACACCCAUUAUGACAACAACUUCACGAUUGCCAUCUUCUUUAAUGCAAUUUCAAUCACCACUUCCACUUCCACCACCACAACCACAACCAAUUGUUCGUCAACCAGAAUCAGUUAUUAAUUAUGCAGCUCUUCGAAAAUCAGCUGAUUGUGAACGACCAAUUAUUGAUAAUACUCCUAUUCCAUAUCAUCGUACACCUAAUCGAACAACAUCACCUCCACCUUCAUCAGCUCCUACAGAUCUAAAUCCAGUUGAUAUUUUGAAACCAUUUUUUCAAUUUAUGGCCAGCCAACAGCAGAGACAACAGCAGCAGCAGCAGCAACAACAACAACAACCACAGUAUCAAUUACAACAAGAAUAUCAAAGACCAACUUCUCCAUUGGCGACAACAUCGAAAUCAUUUGAUACAACAUUAAUGAAAACAGUUGAUGAAGAAAGUGGUCGUCAAGCAGAAAAAAUGUCACAUUUAGCUAAUGUUAUUCAACAACAACAGCAGCAGCAGCAACAACAACAUGUUACAUCAACAACUACAACAGGAAUUAGUUUCAUUUCCAACGGACUUCAAAUGCAAAUUAUAAACCAGCAAAGUAGCACAACUACUGUCUAUCCACCAGUACCACCACUACCAGCAUCUCUUCCAGCAUCAGCAACACCUUUAAAUGAUCAUAUGUCUUCAUCAAAUCAACAAUCGGAAACAGAUCUAUCUAUUGAAGUUCGUAGUUUACAAAUGAAAUAUCUUGAUGAUGAUCAAUUAGCGAUUGCUAAUGAUUAUGAUAGACAACCAUCAACACCAUCGAGUAUUAUAUCACAAUCACCACAAGUAUUUGAUAAAAAUAUGUCAUUUGCAACACAAAAAUAUUUUCAAAAAUAUAAUAUUCUAUCGGGUGUUAAUCAUCAACAACAAUGUUAUUUAUCAUCAGAUGAGAAUGAUUUUUAUACUUCGUCAUCAUCUCCACCUCAUCAACGAAUGCUUUUACCAUUACCUCAACCAUCGUCACCACCAAUUUUUACACAACCACCUACGCCACAUGCUCCACAAGCAAAAAUACUCGAUUUGAGUCAAAUACGUAAAUUACCUAAAUUACUUUAA